AUGGAAUCCGUGUACCAAUACCACUGUUGGGAAGAUGACCAAAACGACGUACCCAACAUCGCCACCCAACUCCCCUGCCACUGUUUUCUUAUUCGCUUGUACUUCUACCAUGACCUCCGAUUGGAAUACCCACAACGCAAUCUCGUUCCUUUAACUUCUUUUAACCAAUCAACCCUCGUACCCUGUAACGCAUUCUUUGCUGUUGGUCCAACAAUCUUGGCCAACAUAUUCUCCAACACCGGCGUGUCCCAAGAUUUCUUGGACACGGCCACACCUUCCAUACUAUCUUUUGCUUCUGUCAUGUUUAACGAUGCUCGUAACAUUGGCCGUGUCUUGUUCCCUAUAGCAGUGUUCGUUCUUGUUGUCACGCCCUAUGAUGAACGUGACCAGAUCGAUAGGGCUAUAAGGGAGUCCAUGGAAGCUAGGACGUUUAAGACUGUACCCGCCGCUAAGUCUUCUAUUGAUGGCUUAAAGAAAUUUGUAAUAUGUUUUGAAGAGUUUCGAAAUAUGAUUCUUGUGUUCAAAUGGAGAUCAUGUUUGGCAAAAAGGCUUGAGAGUGGCCGAAUAUUUGAUAUCUUUAUCUUUGAAUGA